AUGACCGUCCUCAGCUUUCUAUGGGUAGUUGGUGCGAUGGCAUCUCUCGCCAUGUCCACAACUCUAUGCCAAGACUGUGACUUUAUUCUCUGUCACAAAUCACAAGAGAAAGCUGCCAAAAACUACAUCGACACCUGGAAUGGAGAUUUUAGCCUCGAAAAUAUAACGUUUACACCUAAUGUUAACUUAUACCAAGACCGGUUGCCAGGUUCCAACGGCUCCAUAGAACUAUCAAUUGGAACGUCCGGCGAAUUCAUCAAAUUCAUGAAAAUGGCUCACACCGGCUGGAAUCACUACCAAUUUGUUGUUCAAAACAUUGCUUUUGAUAAGUAUAAUGUCGUUAUUCGAUGGGCGUUGAAUGCAACCGUGGGGCCACAUGACAAGAUGAUCAUUCCAAUCAAUAAACCUGAAGGAAGUCAUAUUACGUACAACGGUACAGAUUGGCUGUAUCUCGAUGACUGCACGGGCAGAAUCAAGCGGGUCGACUCGGCGCAAGACUACAUAACUGCAUUGCACGCACAAGGGCUUACAGAUGUAAAGAUUUGA